UUUGUUCAAGGCCUGAAACAGAGAGACACAGCACUUCCUGCCUGUCUUCCUGCGUGAACCUGAAACCUCUGCGUUGAGGUGCACCCUCUGUCACCGCUGCACCUCCUCACCUGUCGUCCAUCCUGGACGUCUUUCAUCCAGUUUAAAACCUCGUCCUCUGUGUGGGUCAGGGCUGGUGCCUGGAGCAGAGCAGAGCAGAGCAGAGCAAAGGACCCAGACCGACCACGGCCUGGAUCUCCCUGACAUUUGCAGCAGUUUUCUUUCUCUUCUGAGCCUCAUGUGUGACCAGGACUUAAAGGACACAGAAAAUCACAUUAUUGUCAAAGGUUUACACAGGCUGUUUCUCCGAGUGUGAGAUAUGGACAACCGGCGCUAAAGAUGGGAUCACUAGUGUCGUACGUGGGCCGGCUGUUUGGACACGAGUCUCAGGAAGAGACCGAGAGACACUUGAGAGCUAACGACAGAACUUUCAACCUGUCCUACCGCUAUGCAAACAAUGCCAUCAAGACGUCCAAAUACAACAUCUUCACGUUCCUGCCUCUGAACCUCUUUGAGCAGUUCAGCAGACUCGCCAAUGCCUACUUCCUCUUCCUCAUGAUGCUACAGGUUAUCCCACAAGUCUCCUCGCUGUCCUGGUUCACCACGGCCGUCCCUCUCAUCCUGGUGUUGUCCAUGACAGCAGUCAAAGACGCCGCCGACGACAUUAACAGAAACAGAUGUGACAAGCAGGUCAACAACCGUCUCGUGGACGUCCUCAUCGACGGAGAACUCAAGAGUGAAAAAUGGAUGAACGUUCAGGUGGGAGACAUCAUCAAACUGGAGAAUGAUGAGUUUGUGACAGCAGAUCUGCUGCUGUUGUCCAGCAGUGAACCUCUCAAUCUGGUGUACGUAGAAACAGCGGAAUUAGACGGUGAAACCAAUCUGAAGGUGAAGCAGGCCCUGACUGUCACUGGAGAGAUGGGAGACAACAUUGAUGCACUGGCUCCAUUCAAGGGUGAGGUGCGGUGUGAGCCUCCCAACAACCGUCUGGACAAGUUCAAAGGUACGCUGACUCUGGAUGGACAGGUCUACGCCCUGGACAACGACAAGGUGCUGCUCAGAGGAUGCACGCUGAGGAACACGGAGUGGUGCUUCGGUCUGGUGAUCUUUGGAGGUCCUGACACCAAACUGAUGCAGAACAGCGGGAAGACGACGUUCAAACGGACGAGCAUUGAUCACCUGAUGAACGUGCUGGUGUUGUGUAUCUUUGGUUUCCUUGUGUCCAUGUGCACGGUCAUGGCCAUCGCUAAUUCUCUGUGGGAGACGAGUGACGGUGAGGCGUUCACCGCCUUCCUCCCCCGCGAAGAAGGAAUCAACGCUCCACUCUCCUCCUUCCUCAGCUUCUGGUCGUACGUCAUCGUGCUCAACACAGUGGUGCCCAUUUCCCUUUACGUCAGUGUGGAGAUCAUCCGCCUGGGAAACAGCUUCUUUAUCGACUGGGACAGGAAGAUGUAUUACCCCAAGAGCGACACUCCAGCCCAGGCGAGGACCACGACGCUCAAUGAGGAGCUCGGACAGAUUAAGUACAUCUUCAGCGACAAGACCGGCACGCUGACGCAGAACAUCAUGACCUUCAACAAGUGCUCUAUCAAUGGGAAAUGUUAUGGGGAGCUGUUUGACUUUUCUGGACAUCGGGUGGAAAUAACAGAGAAGACAGAGAAAGUGGACUUCUCCUGGAACCGGCUCGCCGACCUCAAGUUCUCCUUCCAUGACCACAGCCUGGUGGAGACGGUGAAGGAGGGAAAUGCCGCGGCUCAGGCCUUUUUCCGCCUGCUGGCUCUGUGCCACACUGUCAUGCCCGAGGAAAAGAAAGAGGGUGAGCUCAACUAUCAAGCGCAGUCUCCUGACGAGGGCGCUCUAGUCACAGCGGCGAGAAACUUCGGGUUUGUGUUCCGCUCACGUACACCAGAAACCAUCACGGUCGUAGAGAUGGACAAACAAGUCGUCUACGAACUUCUGGCUGUUCUUGACUUCAACAACGUGCGAAAGAGGAUGUCGGUCAUCGUGCGGAGCCCUGAGGGCAAGUUGACUCUCUACUGCAAAGGAGCGGACACCAUCAUCUACGAAAGGCUGGACCCGUCCUGUAACAAACUGAAGAACGUCACGACAGGACACCUCAACGAAUACGCAGGCGAUGGCCUCCGCACAUUGGUUCUGGCUUACAAGGACUUGGACGAGGACUACAUGGAGGACUGGAAAAAGCGCCACUAUGAGGCCUGUAUCGCCAUGGAUGACCGAGAAGAAAGACUUGAUGAACUUUAUGAAGAGAUAGAGAAAGACCUUCAGCUCCUGGGAGCGACGGCUGUGGAGGACAAGCUGCAGGACGGCGUGCCACAGACCAUAGAGCAACUGGCUAAAGCUGACAUCAAAAUCUGGGUGUUGACUGGAGACAAGCAAGAGACGGCGGAGAAUAUCGGCUACUCCUGCAACAUGCUGAGGGAGGAGAUGAAGGGGAUUUUCAUUGUUAAUGCUAACACAGCUGAAGGAGUCAAAGAGGAGCUAGAGAACGCAAGAAGGACAAUGUGUCCGGACUCGCCAGUGGAGCCUAAUGUGAUCAGAGGUCGUGCAGGGCUGUUUUGGACUCAGAAAACUGUGAAUGUGCCGGAUGAGAAGGUGGAUGGAGAUUAUGGCCUAGUUAUUAAUGGACACAGUCUGGCUUUUGCGCUGGAGAAGAACCUGCAGCUGGAGCUGCUGAGGACGGCGUGCAUGUGUCAGACAGUGAUUUGCUGCAGGGUCACUCCUCUGCAGAAGGCCCAGGUGGUUCAACUGGUCAAGAAAUACAAGCAGGCUGUUACUCUCGCCAUCGGGGACGGAGCCAACGAUGUCAGCAUGAUCAAGGCUGCUCACAUCGGUGUGGGCAUCAGCGGGCAGGAGGGCAUGCAGGCCGUCCUCUCCAGUGACUUCUCUUUUGCCCAGUUCCGGUACCUCCAGCGCCUCCUGCUGGUUCACGGUCGCUGGUCCUACCUACGCAUGUGCAAGUUCCUACGAUAUUUCUUUUACAAGAACUUCACCUUUACCUUGGUGCACUUCUGGUAUGCCUUCUUCUGUGGCUUUUCUGCACAGACUGUGUAUGACGAGUGGUUCAUCACCUUGUACAACCUUAUUUACACGGCUCUUCCCAUCCUUGGUAUGGGUAUCUUUGACCAGGACGUGAACGACCGAUGGAGUUUCCAGUAUCCUCAGCUCUACUCUCCAGGCCAGCUAAACCUCUACUUCAGUAAGAAAGCUUUUGUUCGCUGUGUGAUGCACAGCUGCUACAGCUCCCUCAUCCUCUUCUUCAUCCCGUGGGCCGCCAUACAGGACACGGUCCGUGACGACGGCAAGGACAUCGCUGACUAUCAGUCAUUCGCUCUGCUGGCGCAGACUUGUCUGCUUGUUGUGGUGAACAUACAGAUAUGUCUGGACAUCCAUUACUGGACAGCAGUGAAUCAGUUCUUUGUGUGGGGCAGCCUGGCAGCCUACUUCGCCGUCACAUUCACGAUGUAUAGCAAUGGCAUGUUCUUCAUCUUCACCUCCUCCUUCCCGUUCAUAGGCACUGCAAGAAAUUCUCUGAACCAGCCUAACAUGUGGCUGACCAUAUUCCUGACUGCCCUCCUCUGCACUCUGCCUGUGGUGGCGUUCCGCUUCAUCCUCAUUCAGCUUCGACCCACCAUCAAUGACAAGGUGAGGAGUAAAUUUAGAAAGGAGGUGUUGCCGGCUCCAAAGCCUCGACGUCCACCCAUGAGGCGAAUCAGCACCCGCUCCGGAUACGGUUUCUCCCACUCACAGGGCUACGGUGACCUGGUGACAUCGAAAAGGUUCCUGCUGACGCGACCGCUGAAGAGUCGCCCAAUCCUGUUCCCGAAGACAGACUCUGCUCUUGCCGAGAAUCGGCCUCAGCACUACCGCACCAUCAGGGAGGAGCAGGAGGAGGCGCAUGGAGGUCCUUAGAUGAACUCAAGUACAUACUGAGUUUUUAUUUUGGUAACGCACACCAGUGUGAGGAUGCACAGGGUAAAUAUUACUUCCUGGAUCGUUUCCAGAAACUUUUUUAUGUUAAACUGAGUUCGACCCCAGGAUAACACUUUACGUAACAGCUUAGUAUUAACAAUGGUACUAAGGAGAUAAUAUUACAUUAAUACUUCUAAGGUAAUAUUCAGGUAAUGAGAAUUUUGAUAUUUUCAAUUCAAUUCAAUUUUAUUUGUAUAGUGCCAAAUCAUAACAUACAUUAUCUCAAUGCACUGUACAUAGGCAACAUCAAGGAGAGCAGAGAAUCCCAACAGUUCACACAAUGAGCAAACACUAGGCAUCAAUGGCGAGAUGUGCAGUCAUCUGCCUCGACCGGUUGGGGUGAAAGGAAAAUGGGGGACAGAGGAGAGGUGGGGGACACAAAGGGGGGAGAGAAAGGACAAGAGGGAGAUGAGGUAGAGACAGAAGAGAGAGAGAGACCAGGAGCAGAUACACAACAACUGUAUCAAGUUACAAGUUUAUACAGUCAACGAUAUCGACUUUCAAUUAUAGCACAAUAAUAAUGGUGAUGAUAUGUAUGAUAUGAGUAGCCUCGAAAACUGGAUCUCGAUCCUGCAACCUGCAAGAUGAGGAUACAGAGAGAGAGAGAGGGAGGGAAGGAAGGAAAGACACAAACUAGGGAGAGAAAGAGACAAGGUUACUGACAUAUAAAAAGCCAUAUUCAUACCCUGAGUGUGACAGAGUGAAUGUACGUGCACCACAGGAAAAUCCCCCAGCAGUCUAGGUCUAUGAUAGUCUAGGAUAUUACCUCCCCUGCUAGAAAAAAACAGCAUAGCUGUUCACCAGCAUAGACCAGCAUUUCGUUGUGUUUUGGGGCUGGUCCAGCAAAGACCAGCAACAAUAUGCUGGUCUAUGCUGGUCCAUGCAGGUCUACGUUGGUCUAUGUUGGUCCACCAGCAACAAUAUGCUGGUCUAUGGUGGUCCACCAGCAUCAUUAUGCUAGUCUUUGCUGGUCUAUACUGGUCCAUGUUGGUCUAUACUGGUCCAUGUUGGUCUAUACUGGUCCACCAGCAUCAUUAUGCUGGUUCAUCUUGGUCUAUGCUGGUCUAUGGUGGUCUACCAGCAUCAUUAUACUGGUCUUUGCUGGUCAGUGCUGGUCCAUGCUGGUCUCUGUUGGUCCAUCAGCAUCAUUAUGCUGGUCUUUGCUCUUCUAUGCUGGUCCAUGUUGGUCUAUGCUGGUCCAUCGGCAUCAUUAUGCUGGUCCAUGUUGGUCCAUCUUGGUCUAUGCUGGUCUAUGCUGGUCUACUGUGGUCUAUCUGCAUCAUUAUACUGGUCUUUGCUGGUCUAUGCUGGUCUAUGAUGGCACACAAGCAUCAUUAUUAUGGUCCAUAAAACCAGUACCAAACCAGCAUAGACCAGUAUAGAGCAGCAUGGAAACUAGGCUGGUCUAUGUUGGUCUAUGCUGGUCUAUGGUGGUUUUUCCAGCAGGGUUCAGUGGAAUCCCUUGACGUUUUUGAAAUUCAGAAUUAUAAAUAUAACUAUAACACUAUAACACUGUUGUUUCAAUGAUAUGAUUAUCUCCAUAUUAGGUUUUACACUGAUGACUUUGAUAUUUUGACCAUGUUAUUACUGCGCUGUAAUGUGAAGUGUUACCCUUUAACUCUUUAAACUUUUUACUAAUGAAUGAAUGUUGUUGUUUUUUUCACUGUUUUAACAAUGGCAGCAAACCCACAGGAAGCACCGCAGUCAUGUGACCUGUGAUCUACAUUACUCUUGUCCGUCUAUCAAUCAACUUUCACUGUGAUGAAUCUCUGAUUUCACACUGAAAUACAACAACAGAGUAAUAAAUAAAUAGCCUUUAAAGGUUCAUGUUUAGCUUUGGGACAGAAAAAACGUUUGCAGACUAUACUUUAAUGUGUUAAAAUUAGGAAAAAAAAGAUUAAAUUUAUGUCAUGCACACAGUGUUUUAUACAAUAUCUGUUGAGAUUAUGAUAUGACAUGUUUGUUUUGAACCUUUAUCGCGUGUUAUUUUGUCGAUUCUCAGGGCGCCUCGAUUCCUCUGAGGAAGGAAAUCUAUGAUGAACGUUUUUGUUUUCUUUGUCUUUUUACAUGAUUAUUUAUGUUUUAUUGUUGUGAUACUGUGUUUCAGUAAUCUGGAAGUUCCACUUGAUCACAGUGUUGUUUCUGUAAGUACAGCCAGGGGUCAGUGUUGCCUCUCCAGAGUCACUAAUGGGUUUAACUGUCAUAAUAUUAGGGACAGAUGUCAAAUGGCAAAUAAAUACUUCUUUUUUUAAUUAUUUUACCACA